CUUUCAACGACAUCUAGGCUACAAUGCCUGAUGCAAUAGCCAUCGAAAAGUGGCGCGCAAAGGGCUACGAACCCCUGGGACGCUCGUCCAUUCGCCUCCUAUCCAUCCGACCAGGGUUCCCCACCGAACCCAUAGAAUGCGCUUUCCUUACGAUAUUAGACCUGGAAGAUGCACCAGAAUUCGAUGCUCUCUCGUACGUCUGGGGCACACAGCUUAGUGCAACUCCCAUCAUCUGCAAUGGCAUAGAGGUACCCGUGACACAAAACCUAGCCGACGCACUUGUGCAUUUGCGCAAACUUCCCGGAUGGGACGCAAACGUUCAAUGGCCGAGAGACCACCCACUCCACUCGACCAAGAAUGCUUGGGGAGGUUUCGCAAAGAAUCGCAACGAGUACAGCGGGCGCGAAACGCAUGCCGAGGAGCUGUUAGUGUGGGUUGACGCGCUCUGCAUUAACCAAGAGGAUUUCGCCGAACGAGCAAGCCAAGUUGCCAUCAUGGGCAGGAUAUAUUCGCAAGCCUACAAAGUCAUGAUCUGGCUCGGGAAAGAGAACAAACAGUCGCUUCAGCAUCAGGAAGUUAGGGCGAAGACUGCCGUACCGCAGACUAAAGCACCCGUCGAGUCGCAGAGCAGGUUCUACUUUUAUUUGGGGAUGUAUGGGAUGAUGCCCAUUUGCCUCUCGUUCAUAGCGCAAGCUUUGAGGCACAUGGAAAAUGGUGAGAACAAACUCGCUGCGAUGAACCCGACGGAAGACUCCAAACACCGAAAUAUGGCCUACGGGUUUCCUGCCCCAGAUGCGAAAGAGUGGGAUUACUUGCGCGAUUUCUUCACGAACCCGUGGUUUGAGCGGGUAUGGGUCGCACAGGAGGCUGUCCUCGCUAAUCGGGCGACUGUUCUGGUUGGUAAUUGGGAGAUCGAGUGGGCAGCGAUUGGGCAGGCUGCGGUCUGGUUUGAAGCGAAGGGCUACGGGAUGCCAGCAGUCGUGAGAUAUCAGAUGCCCGAACUCAAGGACUACCUGCCUAUCUCGAAGGCUGCAUCCAUAUGGGACCUUUGCUCCUGGCCAAAACAUGAGAUUCCACUAUUGAAGUUGAUCAGAGAAUUCCGGACACGACAAGCAACGAACCCGGUAGACAAGAUCUAUGCAACCUUCGGUCUUGCUGCAGAAAUGAACAAUGUCUCAGAGAAGGGAUUUCAUGAGUUGGUUCGACCCGAUUACACGAAAGCACUGGUCGACGUGUAUCGAGACAUGGCCAAAUUUCUGAUCAUCGAGCAUGGAAACCUUGAGGUCCUUUCCCAUGCUGGGGGUUCGACGCUCAAAGUAGACUGGCCAUCAUGGGUUCCCGAUUGGCGACACGAGAAGGUUACGAACGAAAUGGUGAGCUCGAGACAUCCAAACGUAUACAAUGCAGACGACAACCAGCCCCUUUCAAUUGGAGUAAGCGCGAACCCCGACGCACUAGUCCUGCAAGGCAUUGAAGUCGACAGUGUCAUAGCCUACGGUGACAGGCUGAUGAGCUAUGGUUUUGGCUACGUGACUUAUCAGGAAGAAAUUGAUUUCAUCAAAGCCGCCUGGGCUUUGUUUGAGCAUUGCUCAAGCAUCCCCUCCGAUCCAUACAAAGACCAGGCUAUCGAAGAAGUAUUCGUAAAUACGCUCACCGCGGGGCUUAACAACAGGCACAUGCCAGUCUCCGAAGACAUUUGCUUCUUACCAGAUGCAGCGCACUGGUUUUCAAAACAUUCUCCCAACCUUCUGUCGACUAAACUUCAAAUCAACCGCCGUCCUAAAUGGUCGACGGUGAACAGUGCCGAUUCUGGGCGUUAUCACGAGGCAUUUGUCCAUGCUUGCGUGGACAGACGCUUCUUUGUGAGUCGUAGUGGGCUCAUGGGAAUCGGGCCUGAAACGAUGAGAGAAGGAGACAUUGUUGCUGUGCUGUUCGGAGGAAAAGUACCUUACCUUCUGAGACCCCAAGGAGGCAGGUAUAGGUAUAUUGGAGAAUGCUACGUACAUCGGAUGAUGGAGGGCGAAGCAAUAGAAAAAUGGAUCCAAAAAGGACGGAAACAGGACCUUUUUGAGUUGUUUUGAUGAGGGAGCAGCAUAGAGCGAUUUCUUUCUUUAACG